UAUUGAUCGACUGAGGGAAGAAAUCAAUAGCUUCGUGACAUUUGAAUAACCGCUGAAGACUGACUCCUGGAUUGCGCAGAUUAUUUGGUCACCAAGUGAAGUGAUUUUCGCCUUUCGGAAUGCUCGAUGAAAGUGGUGAGAAUGGCAUUGUUGAACCGGAACAUAAAAAAGUACUUGAUGAACCACUGUCCAAAACGUCAGGUGACAGCAACCCAAAGUCUCCAAACAUGUCGGCCAGUACUCAGUCAUCUUGCGAAGUACCUCCAACCACUCCUGAAACUCCAAAGGAAGAUGACCCUGCGUCCAAUAUCGGUAGCACAGUACCAUCAGCUGAAAACUAUCAGAGAGUAACUUCUUUUGAACCAGGGGACAGCGAAGUGUUCACAGAGAAGCAACGUGAAAAAAGUCCAACACGUUAUUCUCACCUAUCAGCCGCAAGAAGCCCAACCACCUGGCCAGAUCGACAAUACGGUAUGUCAAGAUCAAUACCCUUUCGUCCAGCUUUCGUUUAUUGCGGACCAGGAACAAAGCGAAUCCCGGGAGUUUCAGCACAGGCUUGCACUAAAAGUGCGAAAGAAAUAUCGAACUCACAGCCUUCCGUUUUGCCCAACUCUAUCUCAUCUACACUUCGUAGAGCGAGUCAUACUCGAAAUACUGCACGAUCGACCUUGCUUGCUCACAGCAAGUCACCGAAUUGGCUUUUAGGCGUCACAGAACAGCCUGGUGUCACAAUAACCGGUGCACACCAAAGUGUCAGUUUGUCCACAGCGCCAAUCCAACCUUUGGGUGACGCAUCGCGAAGGAUUUCUCCAACAAGUAGGCCGGUCAACUCCGUAGUGGAUCGUAGUUCCCACGCAGGACAACAGAGUAAAACCUUCAAAUCCACGGUGACGGAGAAUUCUUGCUACACAAGUGUAUGGCGCGGACCAGAAUUCGUCACAGAACGGUUGGCUCGAUGGAGUCUCCCUGCAGAUAUGCUUGACAAUGUCCCGUUUUCAAACGACGUGUUUUUAUCUGGCAUUAUUUUACAACCUGGAACCUAUUUGCGUGCAAAAAACAAUAUUGGAAAACCAGUGCUCAUCGAACCAGACGCCGUUUUUGGUGUUAUACGUGUUCACAACUACACCUUUGAGAAAUCCGUAACUGUACGGGCCACUUGUGACAGGUGGUUGACGUAUGUUGACCAACCAGCCAAAUAUGUCACCUCGCAUGAUACAUCUUCAUCCGUUAAAAGCAAACUUGAUACCUUUGCAUUUCGUUUCUCGCUCCCGGAUUCCUCUGAGGAGUUUGAAUUUGCUAUUCACUAUCGGUGGUUGACACCAUCCGGCGGUGGAUCUGCAUGGGAUAACAAUGGUGGCCGCAACUACAUCAUCCAUCGCAAGCGUACUGAAAUGAACAAGCCUAAAGUUGAAAUCACUGAGAUCUUGGACGGUGUUCUUGGAGUGAGUCCGUGAGGACGGUUUUUAACCCGCUUUUAGUUAUUUAGUUGAGAAGCCACUAGUUCAUUAUCGGGAACAUAUACAUCCACAACCAUUUUCACUUUUCUUUCCUUUGUGUGGAGAUAUGAAAUUGGUGUACCUCAUUUCUGAAGCUUGAAUAACUUCAUGUUUUUUCCGUGAAGUCUGAACAUUUGGCCUUUAUUCUUGAAC